UACGUAAGCACGUAUGCGUGCGGUGGUCUGCUGCAAAGCUUCCUGAAGCUUUUUGGUUUUCUGCAACAAAAACAACGUUAAAGUAUUUUUAUUAAGUUACAAUUUGUAUCUGAGUCAUAAUACAACAUAUUAUCUAUCGCUCGGUUAAUAAUCUAUCCGCUUUUUAACUUCAUUCAUUAUAUAUUUGCUGUGUUUUGAAGCUGUUGGUGGCGGUAAUGUGUCAUUAACAGCAUAAUGUUCAUUUAUUCCAGAAACUAGUUCAGCUUCAGCUUUAAAUGCAUUUCUGCGCCAGUUUAACACAAGUUUAACACAAUGGCGUCUGAUAAACAGCACUGCUCCUGUUGCUCCCAUCCUGUCUCCUCUCCCAGUGUUUACCAGACCUUGAAUGAAAUGGAGUUUGAACGAGGGAUCUGGUCUGCUGCAAUGGACGGGGAUCUAGAGAGGGUCAGGUCUUUGGUCCAGAAGGGCACAGACCCCAACCUGAGAGACACAGCUGGAUACACAGCUCUGCACUACGCCAGUCGCAGUGGUCAUCACGCCGUGUGCAAGUUUCUUCUUGAGAACGGAGCUUGUGCGUCUCCCCAGACACCGGGCGGUGCCACGCCGCUCCAUCGAUCGGCGUACUGCGGCCAUCUGGACGUGGUCGGACUCCUGCUGCGCCACAGAGCAGACCCAGCGCUCUGUGAUGACGAUGGUGCAUCUGCUUUACAUAAGGCUGCAGAACGGGGUCAUCAGGAGGUGUGUCAGCUGCUUCUGGAGCACUGCCCGGCGCUCUGCAGCCAGGUCAACAAGAGGCUCCAGCUACCCUACCAGCUGGCGCCGCAGGAGGAUCUGCAGCAGCUCUUAAAGCCACCUCGGUGACGACGGACGACUCUGCAAGCUGAGAGCUGCUGAAAUCAGACAAGUGAGCUGAAAACAUGCUGGGUGAGGUCUGGAUUAGGCUGAUCUCGACCUGGACUUUCUCUACUGAACACCAACAAAGAGCCGCUGAAUGAAACAGGAUGAACGUUACAUAAAUAUGAUCCUGAUUUUGAUUUCUAGUUUACUGCUUGUGUGAUAAUUACACCUCCUAAAACACAUAAUAGUCUCUGCUGGUGUUAUCAUCACCACUCAAACGUUAAAGUGCUACAAGAAAGUGCAAUAAUCUGAAAAUAUUUGAUCAUAAUUAUACUUGAAAAAUAUGCUAAAUGUAAUUUAUAUACAUUUUCUUUAUUGUUUGCAGCUAAACAACAAAUGCAGGCUCCAAAACUGUUUGACCUUUAUUUUAUUGUAUAUUCAGGACUAGUUUAAAUAUAAUAAUAAUAUGAAACUACUAGAAAAAGGCAGUAUUAUAUUAUAUUUUGGAGGGUUAAGAUUAAAUGAUAUCUUAUUCUACGUGUAGAAAUUCUCUGACUAAAGCCACACAUGAACACUAAUGCCAUCAGAAUCAUUUGAAACCACAUUAAAAAGUACAGAAAGUUUAACAUUUUGAGCCAGAAAGCUCUUUUGUAAGCGGCUCAGUGAUGAUGGGUUGGAGUCACUUAGACACAUACUGAAUUUAUGCAGCACAAAGUCACUGCGGCAUUAAUGAUUGAUCCCCUUGAACAUGUUCGAAAAAGCAGCUUGUAUUAAAACUGGAGGCCAACAUCC